AUGCAUUCUCGGGUCGAAAACAAGCAGCUCAAAGUUCCCAGCAAUCCAAAAAGCGAGGACAAAGAAGAAACUUCCAGUCCACCCGUUGAAGGGCCGGAUGUUGCUCCAAAGACUACACAGACUCCUUCAGUCCCGAUAUCCACGUCGUCCACAGGAGACCAAGCACCGAGUACUCAGGACGAAGGCUCAUCUAUUGAGUUGGAGGGUCUUGAAGCUCCACCGAACACACGAUAUCCUUCGACAGACUUGCAAAAGGGAGACAGUGACGAAAAGGUUCAAGAUAAUGACCAAUCUGGAAGUGGCAAUGGUGAUGGCGAUGGCAAUAGCAACAAUAAUGAAGAGAAUGAUAGCGAACCACACAACGUGGCAGAAGCGAGGACCCGUCCCAGCAGUUGGCCAUUGCUCAAGGUCUGGCUGAAAGGGAAUUAG